GGGUGGGUCCUCAAUGAGCGGCGCCUGGUGAGGGCCCCUGCACGGUCACGUGCUGGAAGCAGCGCGAGAUGUCGCUGUUGUUGUUGUGGCUGAGGCCGGCCUCGCGCUGCCGCCUGGCCGAGCUCGCGGCGCUGCGGGUAACGGCUGCUCGCUAUGUCUCCGUGCCGGCCGCUGUGGGCAUCAGGUGUAGCAGCGGCUUGUCGGCGGCUGGCCUGGUCGGAUCGGCGCCGUCGGCGGUGCAGCCUUACCUGAAACUGAUGCGACUGGACAAACCAAUCGGCACCUGGUUGUUGUAUUUACCUUGCACCUGGAGUAUCAGUUUAGCAGCAGAACCAGGUUGUUUUCCAGAUCUGCCCAUGCUUGCACUUUUUGGAACAGGGGCAUUACUGAUGCGAGGAGCUGGUUGCACAAUCAAUGAUAUGUGGGAUAAAGACAUUGACAGAAAGAUUAAAAGUAUGAUGUCUCAACAGGUGAAGCUGUUUCAUAUUGCUACUAUACAGUAG